UCAUCAUUACCUUCCACUGGUGACAAGUAGGGUACUAGUAACAUUCAAGGAUGUUUCUUGGGGCUUCACUGAGGAAGGGCAAGGCUGUCUGGACUCUGCUCAGAGGAAGCUGCACUGAGCUGUGAUGCUGGAGAACCAGAGUUGGUCUCCAUAGGAGAUUUGAAUGAAAAUUCUCUGGAGAAUCUUCAAGAAAAAAGACUUAGGGAUCUAUUACGUAGGGGCUUUUCUGCUGGCUAAUUUUAGAAGAUAUGGCCAGCACAAUAACGAGUCAGGAUUGUAUUGUGAAUCUUCCAGGAGAAGGGUACAGGAAUCCUGAACUAGAUUGUUCCCUUUGUCAGAAGUAGGGAGAAGCAUCUUGUAUUUCUAGAAACAAGAGCAGUAUGGUGACUCUUCAAAGUGAUGAUUAUAAAAACAUGGCAAGUGAAGAAUAUUUGUCUUUGAAAGUCCCAAGCCAAGUGGCCACAAAGGGCUCCUCAGUGACUUUCUGCAAAAAUGAGCCCCAGGAUACUCAGAAAAGUAAAAGUCUGUUUAUAACUGAAGAAGGCACUGAGAGAAAAGUCUUGGGAGGAGAAAGUCCUCCCACGGACCAUUGUUCAGAGAACCUUCAAAUUAAACUUUUGUCUGAUGUAACAGAACUGGUCUCGCCAUUGGUCAGUGGUGAGGCGACUUGCCAGAAUGGCCAGUUGAGAGAAUCUUUGGAUCACUUUGACUGUAACUGCAAAGACAUUUGUGGUUGGAAAUCACAAGUGGUCGGUCGUAGUCAUCGGAGAGCUCAUACAGAGGAGAAACCCUGCAACCAUUACCACUGCAGGAAAAGACAUAACAACAGCUCAGGCAGUAAUCCGUGUGAGAAAAUCCACACUGCAGAGAAGCUACACAGAUGUAGUCAGUGUGGUAAGGACUUCAGCGAGCGCUCAGAACUACUACUUCAUCAAAGACGCCACGCAGAAGAAAAGCCCUACAAAUGUGAGCAGUGUGGGAAGGGCUUCACGAGGAGCUCCAGUCUCCUCAUCCAUCGAGCAGUCCACACGGAUGAGAAACCCUAUAAGUGUGACAAGUGCGGAAAAGGCUUCACAAGGAGUUCAAGUCUGCUCAUUCAUCACGCAGUCCAUACAGGCGAGAAGCCUUAUAAAUGUGACAGGUGCGGGAAGGGCUUUAGUCAGAGCUCCAAACUGCACAUUCAUCAACGAGUGCACACUGGCGAGAAGCCCUAUGAGUGUGGGGAGUGUGGUAUGAGCUUCAGUCAGCGCUCCAACCUGCACAUCCACCAGCGAGUCCACACUGGGGAGAGGCCCUACAAAUGUGGGGAAUGUGGGAAGGGCUUCAGUCAGAGUUCGAACCUUCACAUUCACCGGUGCAUACACACAGGUGAGAAGCCCUUCCAGUGCUACGAAUGUGGGAAGGGCUUUAGCCAGAGCUCUGAUCUCCGCAUCCAUCUCAGAGUCCACACUGGAGAGAAGCCCUAUCACUGUGGCAAGUGUGGGAAGGGAUUUAGCCAGAGCUCAAAACUCCUCAUCCACCAGAGAGUGCAUACUGGAGAGAAGCCCUAUGAGUGCAGCAAGUGUGGGAAGGGCUUCAGCCAGAGCUCCAACCUGCACAUCCACCAGCGGGUUCAUAGGAAAGAUCCUAUUAAAUAA